AUGCGCGCCUCCGCCGCGCACCGCGAUGCCUCCUCCCUCGCCUCCGCCUACUCCUCCUCAGCCUCUCUGGCGGCCUCUCUCCGGAGCCACCACGAUCCCUCCGUGUCCAUACCGUCCCCGGGCACACUUGCGCGGAAGGCAAAGUCGUUUCUUGACGAGGACUGCUCCCCGGAGCAGUACAAAUCGCCAAGAGACGAUGUGCAAGAUGAUGUCCAGCUUCCACAUUCAAAACAAUUGCCAGGAGAGACGUGGAAACCUCAGACACCUCCAUCUCAGAAGAGAUCUGAGUCUAUAACCUCCUCCCUUACCUAUAUUGGAGGCACAAUAAAAAAUACACUUGAAGUUGCAAAUACCAUGGCUGCAAAAGCAAAGUUGCUAUUGCGGGAGCUGAAAAUUGUGAAGGCAGAUUUAGCUUUUGCAAAGGAACGUUGUGCUCAGCUUGAAGAAGAGAAUAAAAUGUUGCGUGAGUGUUAUGACAAGGGUGACAAUCCAGAAGAUGAUGAUCUGGUUCUAUUGGAGUAG